UGAGCGCCUGCGCCGCCCCCGGCCCGGCCCGGUUCGGUUCCGCUGCCCCCGGCAGCUCCGAGAUCCCCCUCAGCGCCCUCCCCGCCGGGGCGAGGGAUCCCCUGGGGCCGCAGGGCCAGGCCCCUCCGCUCCCCAUGGGGUUCCCCUGCGCCUUCCCGCGGCGCGCUGCCGCCUGGGCCGGCCUGCGGGGCCUGCGGGGCCUGCGGAACGGGCUGGCGGCCCAGGCGGGCCCGGCCCCGGGGCCCCGCGGCGGCAGAGCCCUCCGCGCUGCCUCCUCCUCCUCCUCCCGCCUCCAGCGGGUGGUUCUGACCAGCCAGCGGUACCGGGUGAGGCGGCUGCCCUUCUCCCGCCUGGCCGGCGGCGACCUGGCCUUCUUCCAGGGCCUGAUGCCGGGCCGGGUGGUGACGGACCCGCAGGAGCUGGAGGCCUGCAACGUGGACUGGCUGCGAUCCGUCCGAGGCUGUAGCAAGCUGAUGUUGAAGCCUCAGACCACGGCAGAGGUGUCUGAAGUGCUCAGGUACUGCUCUGAGAGGAACCUGGCAGUGAACCCCCAGGGGGGUAACACAGGCCUUGUUGGGGGCAGUGUGCCUGUCUUUGAUGAGAUCAUUCUCUCCACUGCUCUCAUGAACCGGAUCAUCAGCUUCGACAAGGUGUCUGGAAUCCUUGUGUGCCAGGCUGGCUGCGUCUUGGAGAAACUCAUGGAGUACCUGGAGGAGCAGGGGUUUGUCAUGCCACUGGACCUGGGGGCAAAAGGUAGUUGUCACAUCGGAGGGAACGUGGCCACGAACGCGGGAGGGCUGCGGCUGCUGAGGUACGGCUCCCUGCGGGGGACAGUGCUGGGGCUGGAAGUGGUGCUGGCUGAUGGUUCAGCUCUGGACUGUUUGGCGUCUCUGCGCAAAGAUAACACUGGCUAUGACCUGAAGCAGCUCUUCAUUGGGUCUGAGGGAACCUUGGGAGUCAUCACUGCUGUCUCCAUCCUCUGUCCCCAGAAACCUAAGGCUGUGAAUCUGGCAUUUCUAGGGUGUCAGAGUUUUGCUAAGGUUCUGGAAACAUUUACAACCUGCAGAGCCAUGCUGGGAGAGAUCCUGUCUGCCUAUGAGUUCAUGGAUGAGAAGUGCAUGGAACUGGUUGAGAAACAUCUCAAGUUGUCCAACCCAGUGACAGGCAGCCCUUUUUAUGUUUUAAUUGAAACUUCAGGCUCCAACUCGACCCAUGAUGAAGAGAAACUGAACAGCUUCCUGGAACAGGCCAUGACUUCUGGUUUGGUCUCUGAUGGGACUGUGGCAACAGAUGAUAAGAAAAUCAAGGAGCUGUGGAGCCUGCGGGAGAGGAUCACAGAGGCCCUGACCCACGAUGGCUGUGUCUACAAAUAUGACAUCUCUCUCCCUGUGGGGAAGCUCUACGACCUGGUGACGGACAUGAGGGCUCGACUGGGCCCCAGUGCCAAAAACGUGGUGGGCUAUGGCCACCUGGGAGAUGGAAACCUGCACUUGAACAUCACAGCAGACUCCUACAGCCAUUCCCUGCUGGAUGCCAUCGAGCCAUUUGUCUAUGAGUGGACUGCAAGAUACAGUGGCAGCAUCAGUGCAGAGCAUGGCCUGGGCUUCAAGAAGAAGCAGUUCAUCCAGUACAGCAAAACCCAGGAGGCCAUCCUGCUGAUGCAGCGUUUCAAAGCCAUGUUAGACCCCAAAGGGAUCCUCAACCCCUACAAGAUGUUGCCCUCCAGCUCCUGAGAGGGUGCCAGCACACACUGGUGGCAUCUCCUGCCUGCACUUUAGCCAUGAACAAACUGCUGGAUCAAGCAGACCUGGAAUGCUCCUGGCUUGAUUUCCUUAGUCUGAUGGGACAAGUAAAGGGAUGUGGUUCUUCCUUUC